GAGUCAAACGUUUGACUCCGCCCCAAGCAGAAAAAAAAGUAGACCAACAUAGAAGAAAUAGUAGAAGAAGAAAUAGUAGUAGAAGAAGAAGAAGUAAUAGCUGGCAUCAUGGAGAGACACAUCAGUAUAGGCCUUGAUGGUGAUGUACCCGUACCAGUUUCAAAUUCCGAUGAUAGUGAGCAUUUCCACUGUCCUUUUUGCAAGUACGCAGGUGCAAAAAUAAUGGUUGAAAACCAUAUUAAAGGCCAUGCAUCCGUAAGACACCAAGAAUUCACAAUGUUUAAGUGUGGAUUAGCUUGUCGGGGGGCAACACAUUUUCAUUGUUGCUAUUGUCCAGCAACCAUUGUGAAUAGACUUCAGUUUUUAAGGCAUUUAAAAAUUCAUCAAGAGGAGGAGCCCCAUGCAGCAACCCCUGCUCGGCACCAAGACACCCCCACACAGCACCCAGUAUCCCCGGCUCAGGGUCCAAAGUUCUCUGCUCGGCACCAAGACACCCCCACACAGCACCCAGUAUCCCCGGCUCAGGGUCCAGAGUUCUCUGCUCGGCACCAAGACACCCCCACACAGCUUGCAACACAAAAGAAGUUCACUUGUCCUCAUUGCAAGCGGAGGCAGAGACCUUGCCGGAGCUGGGAAAAUGGAACAGAGAGGAUUGUCUACUUAAGGACACCUUUGAGGCAGCAAGCUGGUGUGACAAGAGAUCCUUCAAGGGAGAACUUUCCCUUCCCCAGGUCAUCAGCAUGGACCAUGAAGCUGGUUUGAGGGCAGUGGAACUGCUAUACAUGUCUGAAGACCUGGAUGAAGAAGAGAUUCAUGAUCUCAGGGAGCCUUUUCUCUUCCUUUUUACUGUGCAGGCAGACUAUGAGGAGUUUUGUGUAGAGAUGAUGGAUAAACGCCAGCUGCAGGUGUUCUGUGGUUUUGAUCUGCAAUAAUUUUCUGUCCACAUAAUCUGAAGAGAUGUGUUAACAGGUCUGUCUCGUGUUAUGGUUUUGAUAAUUGUGUUCUGUUUCCUCAGUAAGUUGUUUUAAGGAGGUUUUCUUGUUUGGGUUCUUCUCAUGUCCUGUUUUUGGUUCUUUUGUUUGUAUGUGCUCCUGUGUUCACUUUUGUUUGUGUUAUUUUAUUUAUUCUUUUAAUCUUUUUUCUUGUGUUUUUGCUUGAUUUUACUUGUAUUGUUUUUAUAUAUAUUUUUAGUAUUCUUUGUGUUCUUAUGUCAGUCACUUUGUGACUGUUGUGUAAAGUGCUAUACAAAUAAAAUGUGCUAUGAAAUAUA